UGGUUUUGUGCGCUUUUGUCGGCAGUUUCGUCGUCGGCGCCUUGGCCGCCCCCGCUGAGACGUACACGACCGAGUUCGACGGGAUCGACAUCGACAGUGUUCUCAAGAACGAGAAGCUCCUCGACGCUUACGCCAAGUGCCUCUUGGACGAGGGUCCCUGCACUCGAGAGGGUCGCACCUUAAAGACUUUGCUGCCGGACGCUUUGGAAACAACUUGCGCGAAAUGCUCCCCGACGCAGAAGGAGAAAGCAAAGAAAGUCAUCACAUUUUACAUGGAAAAGUACCCGGAGAACGCACAAAAAAUCAUGAAGAAGUACGAUCCCACAGGAAAAUAUAGGAAAGCUCUGGAAGAAGCAUUCCUCGGCUCUCUGUAGAUCCACACAUUUUAUUCCAUGAAAUUAAGUUACCAAAUUUGUCGGUUACGAUUGAGCUGUAGCCACAAACAAUGUACAGUAUUUAUUUUGUGUAAAAAAUCUUUAUGACACAUAGAAAAAGAACGUAAUAAAAAUGUUUCAUAACAUUUAAAUGAAA